CACCCACAACACGUGUUCCCUGAUCCUGUCAGUCAGAAUGUUCUCCUUGGGCAAUUUGAGACGUCCUUUGCUUCCAGUCAAUUUAAUAUUCUCAAGGACAAGAGCUGGAGUUCAAAUUCAAAACAAGACCCAACUGGAAAAAGAGUUUAAGCUAUAUCUUGAUUCUGCUACUAAAGAUGAUCAGCAGCUGGUUGAUUUCAUUAAAAGUUGUGCUACUUUACGGUUUGAGGUUCCAACCCAGAGGAUUAAACUUGCAGACGACAUGAUUCAAAGAAUAAAGAAGCAAAGUCUGGUUCCAUCAUUACAAGUUAAAAAUAGUUUGUUACAACUUUAUUUAAAAAAUCGUCACAAAUUUUCACCUUCGAAAUUCCUGCAGCAAAUGAAAGAGGAGAGUGUCAUUCCUAACAGUAGUACAUUGUACUUAUUGUUACAAGCUUACUGUCGCCAGGGAAACAUUGAAGGAGCCAAUGCUAUAUUAGAAGAGUUGAUUAAUAAUGGCCUUGAAAUAAACAAAGACAUUUAUGCUGCCCUCAUGAUGUGUAAUGCCAUUAAUGGUGACAUGGCUGGGGCUAAAGACAUUCUUGGGACAAUGAAACAAAAUGGACUCUCGCCAACACAAACUGCUUACUCAGCACUUUUAUCUGGUUAUGCUUAUCAUGGAGACUUUGAAUCCAUUAGACGAAUGAUUGAUGAUUUGAAAUCUGAGCAGUUUUAUGUCAGCCAUGAUAUGUACAUUGACAUGCUUGAUGCUUUGUCUCUUGGAGGAAAGUCGGACAGAAUGAGAGAACUAUUGGAUAUGGUCCAGAAUAAGUUGUUGAUGUACAAUGACUUGUUGAAUAAAAUGGAGCUAUUUGCAAGUCACGGUGAUCUUGUUGGUACUAGUGUCAUAAUGGAGACACUAGUGGAUAUAGACAGCUCAGUCCUAAUGCUAAGUGAUCCUUAUAAUGAAACUAACCUCCAUGCAAGAGGAGUCCGAUCAUUCAAACUACUGAUGCAUAGCCUUAGACCAGAUAAAUUGAAAUUAUCUGAUUUAUUUUCAUCCAUUCCAUUGUUUGAGAGAGCCGGAAUUUCCAAAGUAGCACUUUAUGAGAUGUUGCUAAAGGCUUCUAUUGACACGAGGAACUGGACUAACCUCAAGGCAGUGCUUGUUAAAAUGGCUGCAGAAGGUCUAUCAUUAAAAAAUAUAUACAUAUACCCAGCAAUGGCCUCUAGCCGUAUAUCGAAUGAUUUAAUAGAUUUAAAAGAAUGGAUUCAUUUCAUUAAACAGCACAACAUUCGAUUUGACGAGAUGAUGCUCUCUUUUUGUCAAAAAGCUCUCAAGGAAGACUUCAUUACAUUCUUUGAUUUGAUAUUUGAUAAAGGAUUUGUUGAUGAUCCAGCUCAACUCCAACUCAUUGUUAAGAUGCUGUGUAAUAAUGGAACUGUAUCUGACGUACAACACUUUACUAAAUUUCUAAAUGAUUAUAUUAAACCAGACUCACUCAAUGUACGUCAGUUGCUUCACACAGUUCGUCUCCAUUUCAAUGAGGGAAGGAAGAGUGAUCCAGCACUGGUGUCAACCCUGAUGAACGGAUUGUCUGUGUUGUGUACAACUCAAUAUCAUGAAGAAUUCCACGCUGCUACAGUUAGGCAUAUUGUACAAAAGAUUGUACUUCACAAGAACAUUUUUCGUAAAAACUAUUUGAAAACUUUUUUGAAUUUUGAUGACGAGAUUAUUGAUGAUAAGACAUUGCAUGAAGUUAUGAAAAAGUGCGGUGGUUUCAUAAAGUUUGAAAAUGUUAUUGGAUGUCUCAAGUCUCAUGAUAGUAUACCAGAAUGUGUUCAAUACGAGAUAAUUAAUAAACUUGGUCAUAAUGGGAGGUACCCCUCACUGGUCUUGUCUUCCUUCAAAGCAAUGAGGAGAAAUGGUUGCAGUGUCAGCAGUUCUGUGUACGAUGAUGUUAUAUUCACACUAGUCAGAAUAGGAGCUGUCUCACAGGCACUGAUACUCUAUGAUAAGAUGAGACUGAGGAUGGCAGAUCCUUUGUCAGUUGGUACUUACACUCGCUUCAUUGAGCUACUCUUGUCUGUAUCUCGUCACUCGACUGCUGAGAGUCUAAAGAGUGAGAUGGAGACGAACAAUGUUCCACUUAACAUUCACUUGGUCAAUAAUUUCAUUAAACUCUAUGGGAUGAAGGGAGACGUAGCAAAGGCUCAGGAACAGUUUAAGAUGUUAGAGACACUAAAGCUGAAGCCAACAGUAAGGACAUAUUACCAGUUGAUGGAGGGAUACUGUUACCAUGGAGAUGUUGCAGCUGUGAAGUCACUCCUUGAAGAGGCAAAGGGAACUAUCGGAAUAGACAACACACUGUUAGGGCAGGUUCUGAAGUCUUUCAUUGUUUCAGCCGAUUAUGAUGGAGCCGUCCUUUAUCUCUCAGAGUCCUUCAGUCCUGACUGCCAUGUCCAGAUGCGUCCUUGUCUGCUGCUAAUUGAUAAAUGUGAAGCUGCUAAGAGAAGAGACCUCACUCUAAAAAUACUGUCAUACUUAUCCUUCAUUGGGUGUAAUCAGUCUGGCAUUGACUUUACAUUCAUGCUUGCACUAUUAAUGACUGGUCAGUAUGAUGAAGCUGUUGAGUUUGUAACUGGCAAAGAAGAGUCCACCUUAAGACUAGCAACUUUGAACCAUUACACUGGGGGACUGUCUACUGAAGGAAAGGUAGCUCAUAUCAAAGCUGUUAUAAAACUAGCUCGUGAAUUGAAAAUGGAUACGACCCUAAUGAAUAAAUUACUGAUUCAAGCACUAGCUUCAAAGAGAGACAUUCUUGGUAUCCUCCAAGUGAAUGAAGAACUUGAAUCUGCAGGAAUAAAACCACACGUUUCAUUUUAUAAGUUAAAGGAUGAACUAAUACGACAAUAUGAAAGGGAGAAGAAACUGGAAGAAGUACUUCAGUCUUCAAAAUAUUAGGAAUAAACAUCGUCAGUGAUACAGUCCAUGAACUGUCUCUAGUGUUAGUAUAAUUGUUAAUAUAUUUAAAUUAUAAGAAUACCGUGCAACCAUUUUAAUGUA